UUGGCUUAUAGUGUACCAGAAAUACAUAAUUGGUUGAGAAUAUACUACAGCAACAGUUGUGUACAAAAUAUUUGCCAAUAUUUGCCACUAAUUGUAUUGAAAGCCUUGAAUCUCACAAAGAUCGCGUCGAUCGCAUCCAACGGCUAAUUAGAUGUCUUCAGCGAUGGAUUCGUAUCCGGAAGACAAGUGUUCAACAAAUGGCAAAACGGGUGACAAUGACAGACACGACGAGAACCAAUACUUGGAUCUAAUCCGACAUAUCAUGACUCGCGGACACGAGAAGUCGGACCGAACGAAGACGGGAACCGUUUCGGUGUUCGGCACUCAAUCCAGAUAUUGUCUCAGAAAUGGAGUGAUACCACUGUUGACCACAAAGCGUGUCUUCUGGAGGGGAGUUCUCGAAGAACUUCUUUGGUUUAUAAGAGGCAGUACUGACGGCAAAGAGUUAUCCAAAGUCGGUGUCAAUAUAUGGGACGCAAACGGGAGCCGAUCUUUCCUCGACUCUCUUGGAUUCACU